UCAAAUACGAUCAGCUUCACAUUGCUCAUCUCACACAUCACUUCACAAAGUUGAAUUCUCGAAUUGACUUUAUUUGGUCAUCUGGGAAUGUGAUUUCCAACUUCGCUCAUUGUGAUACUGAAGAUGUUCUGCCCUCCAUAUCAGAUCACUCCAUUGUCAUUCUCAAAAUUGAUAACUUUCUUGCUACCAAAA